UGCGUUACUUUGUAACGAACCUGGUAUAAUGAAAUCGAACUUCUUGCCGCGAAAAACAUUUUGACAAUCAAAUGCGAAUUCUCAUCGGACAAGUUCGCUGCAACAAAAUAUUCAGAGGUUUGGUUGUAAACUUGUGCAGCACUUCUUUUUGAUAACCAGUUCUAUGUUCGCGGCAGGGUGGAUUUUUUCUUUCAAACAGUCGACUUGUUUAUGAAAGUUUGAAAGAAAGAAUUGUGAUUCAAAUGAUCAGCCUAAAACAUGCGUAAUAUCUCCCUAGCCUUUCACAAAAUCAAAUACAGUAGAGCCUCCAUAACUCGAACCUCUAUUACUCGAACGUCUCCUUAACUUGAACGAAUUCGUUGGCACCGUGAAAAUUUCCUAAUAAACUCUUAUAAAAAAAACCUCUACUACUCGAACCUCCUUAACUCAAACGGUUUCCUUUUCCCCCUGGCCGUUCGAGUUAUUAAGACUCUACUGUACAGUGCUUUUGAAAAUCGCAAAAUCAAAUACAGUGCUUUCAAAAAUCGCAAAAUCAUAUACGGUGCUUUCGAAAAUUGCAAAAUCAUAUACGGUGCUUUCGAAAAUCGUAAAAUCAAAUACGGUGCUUUCCAAAAUACGGUAUCAUGCUCAUUAUAGCGCGAAAAAAAUAUGUUUAAACAAAAAUCAACCAAGCGUGUUUUAAUAAGUUUUGAUUAAGAAAUAUAUCAAGAUUCAUUCGAGCAUGUAGUUUAAACGAGUUUCAACUCGUUUGCAUCUCUCGUACCUUCAAACAAACGAAAAGAAAUGAAGUUUUAUUUCCUUCUUAUCCUGUCAACCGUUCAAGCUGUUAUAUUUAGUGAUAAAAUUCUUGCGAAAAGCAAAUCAAAUAAAGAUAUUAGCAAACGACAGUACAUACCAGGUUACUCUUCUUUGACAGCCUGGAAUAGCUAUCCACAGGGAAACAUCAUUGAACGACCUGAAAAUCUUGCCGCUACUUAUCACGGAUUGAAAUUUUACGAUGGUAGUCCCAUGCCAUCAAAACCUGUUCGUCUACCGGCAGGAUAUCCAGUUUCAUUAGAUGUGGAUAAAGAAGAAGAUCAACCUACGGAUAGCAUUGAGAAAGAGGCUGACACGUCUGCAAUUAACCGUGCAUCUGUUAUAUCUAGUUACGCGGCGCUUAAUUACGAAGCUCCUGUCGUUGGUUCUAAGCCAGCAAUCGAGGCUGUUCCCACUACGCGUCAAACUGUUAACACGCCAAAUGUUGUCACACCUGAUAUAGCAACUAAGAAAAACGAUACAUGCAAAGACUGCAACCAGAGACAAGAUGAAAAAACAACACCACAGCCUAAGGGCACUGUUUGUUAUUUGCCAAGAAUUGUAGUAGUUUCAAGACUCCUCGGAAGUACUGUUAUCAACGAAGUAAAAAUUUAUACCAGCCCUCACGAUGAGAGUUCUGUGCAUCGCUUUGUGUCUAGUCAUGAAGUUUCUGAUGCUGCUUCCAAGAUUAGUCACGAGUUUCUUCUACCUCCACAGUUUAUUAUUCGGAAACCGCUAACGUUAGAGGAUAUGAAAUCUAUCAAAGAUACUGCUGCUGUCAUGAUGACCAGUGCGUACACAGAAACCAGUCACGAAACUUCAACAAAACAAGCCCAAUCCCCCCCUCCACCUCCUCCACCACCCCCUCCUCCUCCACCACCUCCUCCUUCUCCCCCACCUCCUCCUUCUCCCCCACCAUCACCACCACCACCACCUCCUCCACCACCAUCACCAUCAGCCCUGUCUUCACCUCCUUCUCCACCGCCACCUCCGCCACCCCCUGCUGUUUCAUCACAACUUUCUAUCAUGAUACCUCCUCCACCAUCACCUCCACCUCCAAAGCCUCCACUUCCACAAUCCCCACCCCCGACUCCACGCUCACCUUCCCCAUCACCUCCCCCACCACCUCAACCAACAAUUAACCCUUUUUUACCGACAACAGUAAAGAUAGCUUUAGCCAGCACUACUAGCACUACCACAGUUAGCCAGACCACCAAAACAACUUCUACCACACCUCAAACAGUGACAUCAACCCCGGUUAAGAAAAAUAAAAAGAGAUUUACCAUUGAGCUAUUAAAUAAUGCAGCGAGACACAGAAAUGCUCUGCUUGAUGUACCAGGCGGCGAUUCUGCAGCAUUUAGUGGUUAUCAAAUUCUUGGUCCAGCCGACAUCCAACAAACUUAUGUCACUCUAAAAAGUAAAGGUAAAAAGAAAAAGAAGCGAAGAAAGCGUUGAAAACUGUCCCGUGAACUAAAAGAAAUGCUCUGAUGGUAUUGGAGCGAUAUUUUGAACUUAAAUAAGAAGGAGAAGAAGGAUAUUACAAUGCGACACGAAAGAGGAUGCUUUUCCUAAAAGUACUUUAAUGUUAGUACAAUAUAGGAAUGGUUUUACAGGAGUACAGGACAUUAGUUUUUGUACUAAAAAUGGUCACAGCAAACUUUGUUUUAAGCCAAAACGGAAUUUAAGUAAUGAGACUGUCAAGAGCAACAGUAAAAUUUUUGCUUGAUGCAAAAGUUCGAAGCCUGGAACCCUUAAAAUCAAAGUGUGAUUGCUACGAAAAUGCGAAACUUUGCACGACGAUACUUUUAUCAAAGAUUUUAGGAAAAUAGUUAUAUUGUUUUACUGUUUUGAUAUGGUGGACUCUUAUGUCGUAAAAAUAUUUGACCGUUGCCUGUGCA